AUGGCAACUCAAAUCUCCACCACGAAACCAUACGCUUGGCCACACGACUCUUCCCUACACCCCACAUCGACCGCCCUCAUAAUCAUAGAUAUGCAACGCGACUUCCUCUCACCAGGCGGCUACCUCUCCUCUCAAGGCUAUUCCCUCGCACGUUUCGAGUCGUUAAUCCCCCGAAUCGUCUCCCUGCUAUCUACGUUCCGGCGCGCAGGCUUCCCUGUCAUACACACACGGGAGGGCCACAAUGCUUCGCUAGCAACGGUGAGUAGUAGGGAAGCGCAUCGCAGUCGCGUCAAUGGCGCGGAAAUAGGGAGUCAGGGUCCGUUGGGCCGUCUUCUAAUACGAGGUCAAGAAGGGCAUGAGAUCGUUGAGGAUCUGAAGCCUUCGGAGGGAGAAUUGGUUAUUGAUAAACCUGGGCGAGGUGCAUUUGCGCAUACAGAACUUGAUCUCAUGUUGAGAGCAAAAGGCGUUAGUAAUCUGGUAGUCUGCGGGGUUACGGCAGAUGCGUGCGUUAGUAGUACUGUAAGAGAGGCGAGCGAUAGGGGGUAUGAUGUGUUGGUUGUGGAGGAUGGGGUAGAGAGUGUUAGUGAAGAGUUGAAAAGGUGGAGUUUGGAGAGCAUCAAGGUUGAAGGAGGGCUAUUCGGGGUGACGGGAAGCUGCAAAGAAGUGGAUCAGGCGGUAGCAAGUUGGAUCCAAGGUUAA